AUGAUUUUGAGCGAUCCGGAGUUGAUCAAGAAGAUUCCACUGGUCGAGAGAGCUAUCAACGCUUAUAAUCCGGACUGGGAGACCACCGACACAAUUGUGAAGACUCCACUGGUCAUUCCGUAUGCUCAGAGAGGCGGAAAAUUUGUGUUGGACAACAUGUUGAACAUGGGAUGCGAGGACUUUCUUCUCUGCUUCGAUUACGGAAUAAUCAAAUGGCUCUGUGACAAUAUUCGAAUUUAUUGA